AGUUUAUAAAACAUGUUUUAUUGAACAAAAGUGAAAUUUCUUAUACUCUUUAGUGUGAGAUUCCACGAUUAUUGGAGGCUUAUUCUGUUACAACAGAAGUGCCCUUAUUUUUGCUAUAUACUAGGGGAUUCCUAUGAAAACGGUGAUGGAAGACAUAUUUUCUGUAGAAUUACAUCCAUGUGAAACGAUAGAAGACUACCAAAAUGAUAAGGAUGGCUACAAGCCUCUUUUCACACAUCAUUUCUUUAAUCCAGAAUACAGGAAUGAUUCAAUCAAGUGGGUCAAGUACGACAUCUACUACCUCGUGGAUACGUUCGAGAUUUUCAUAAAGGUUAAGGGUCAAUUGGUUAAUUCAUGUAACAGAGAAAAUAUCCAAGAAGCUCUAUCAACCGUAUACAAGUCUGUUUUUAAAAACAUUCCCGAGUACACACUGAUUAAAGAUGAACAGACAUUCAUUGAUAUUCUAUUACAUAAAUCCUCCGGAACCUACAAAUUCAUUCCACCUGGAAGAAUGGUAAUGGAAAAUAGCAUUGAUGAUUAUUCUACAUUUCAAUUACGAUACUGUACAUUCAAAGAUGAGAUAACAGAGAAGGAUGUAGGAGAGGUAGAUGAACAAGACCCUGGUUCUAUUUAUAUGAAAAGUACACUAUCUAAACAAAUUUACUUUUACGAUAACUCUAAAUCUGACAAAAUCGACUUAUCAAGGGAAACAAUUGAGGAUUUGUCUAAGGAUGGAAGUUUUAAUAACUCUGUAAUUAAUGAAAUUCUAGAAAGUAAACUAGCUCUUCGUUCACAAAAUUCUCCAAAGGUCAAAUUGUCCGUACAAGAGUGUGUGACCGAUUAUUCUAUACCCAGUAACUUCAAGGUGUUGCAUAGACGAAUAGAAUGGUUCUAUCAUUGGUUUAUUGAUGGAGUUUCGGACAUUACAUAUGAUCAUAGAUGGGUAGUUUUAAUUCCUCUGGUGCUAAAAAGAAAUCGGAAAAUGCAUAAACCAUCAGAGACUAACUCAUUACAGAGUGCAUUGACUUCAAAUGAAGAUUUUGAAAGGAGAAGGAUAGAACAGGAGUAUGAUAUUCAAACACAUAUAACCAAGCAAGAUCUUGGGGCCAUAUCUAUGUUCAACUCAGAAAGUUCUGGAGAUGACAAAGACGCAUACACGAUCUCCAUAGUAGGAAUGGUGACUACAUAUUCAUAUUUUACGAUUAGUGGGAAUCGACUGAGAAUAUCCCAAUUCAUGAUAAUGCCAAAUUACAGUGGUAAAGGGUUUGGUCUAAUGGUUCUGGAAAUGAUUUAUAGAAUGGCAAUUCUAGACAAAAACGUGAGAGAAGUAUCAGUAGAAGAUCCGACAAGCACAUUCUCCAUCUUAAGAUACAUUGUAAUCAUGAAAAUGUGCUUUGAUUCGGCACACAUAUCACCAAAUAUGUUGUACAGCGAUAUAGAAGAACCAGCAUAUGCCUCUGUGAAAGAAUGGGUCGUAAAAGUGUGUAAAGAAAGUAAAUACAAUGCAUCCAGGAUAGUAGAGAUUCUUCAAUUAACAGUCAUUCUUCACCCCAUUUCGCGUCUUCCUUACACACUUACCAAGACAGCACCAGGUACGGCUUCGGAUCACUAUUUAAAGUUGUCAAAUGGAUCCGAAGCUUAUGUAAACUAUGUAGCCAACCUAAUGAAAAGGAUUCGGUCCGAAGAAAUCAGAAGGCUUGGUAAAGUGGAUCAUUUCAAUCUAGGAACUUCUUCUAUAAAUGCAGUUAAUCAUGUAGGCUAA